AUGAGCACGCAACUGGAUCCUACUGAAGAACACUACCUUAAGCGCGAGCUGCUGCGGCUGGAGCUCAAUACGGAAUUUGGUCAGUUCAAUGAUGCAGAGGCAUUGCGAAUGUUUGGGGCGCCGUUCAGCGCGGAUGCGCCCAGGAAGCAUGGUGGGGGGGGUCUCAAGGGCUCACUGCCACUGUCGCUCAAGCGGCGGUUGGGGGGCAAGAGUGGCGGGCACGAGACAGCGCAUGUGGCGGACACAGAGUUCCCGCUGCUGCGCCACUUCCUGCACACGGUGGUGAUGACAUGCCCGCUUCUGUCGCAGGACCUUGCUGCGAGCUCACACUUCUGGCAGAGCAAGGUACAGGCGUUUUUUGAGCACUUCAUGAGCAUGCCGUUCAGUUCGAGUUACGACCGCGAAGAGCUGACUAAGCGGCGGAAGCUGGCGAUCAAGAUGUCUAAACUAGUGCUACUGUUCUACAACUCUGGCGUAGGUGCGCGGCAGGAGCAGCAGUACUACGCUGCGCUGGAGCCUUUGAAUUUGCCUACCGGAGACAUGCAGGGGGGAUUGGGGCAGUUUAUUAUGCCCACGCGGGAAAGCAUUCAGUAUGCCAUUACACAGGAGCCGGUCUACUUCAAUGGCAUCGAUAUCAAUGUUAUUGCUGUUGUGGAUGAGGAAUGCCUCCUGGGCGAUUCGUUAGCCCACGCCAGUUCACAGCAGUCAUGGAUCAAAUCUGCGUUCAACAUUCCGUCCCGGAUGUUGUCGCGGCUGGCGGAGGCUGGGAUGCCCCGUCGCAAGGUAUUUUUGAUAAAGGUCCAGCGCGAGGGGUCGCAGGGCGAGUUUCAAUAUGUUGCUAGGCAUUACGAUGACCUAAAGCAUCUGUACGCAAGCCUCCGCAAGGAGUUUCCCGGAAAGAAGAUACCCGCCUUGAUAGAGGAGAACAGGAUACCCAUCUGUAUCAGCAAGCAACCUUUCGAUACAAAAUUCAAGUCUGCGGGUUCUGGAAACCAAACUGAUGUGGAUUGUAUUCUCGGAGCGGAUCCAUUGGAUCAGCAACCUUCUCCGCCGUCUGUGUCCUCGCUUUACCGAGGAUACGAAAAUAGCCGCGGCUCUGUUUCAAAUGGCGAUGCUGACGAGCAAACCACGUCUUCUGAUGCAAGCAGUACUAGUUACAUUAUUCUAGAGAUGGAGGCAAUGCGGACAGCUCUGCGUCAGUAUUUGAGGGCAAUCUGCCAAGAUGCAGAGGUAUCCGCCAGUCUGUCCCUAACGAAAUUCCUAUUCAAGAGGACGAUAGACAAGCGUGCUUUUACGCCAGAAAUCCUGGAAGAUAUUGAAUCUCGGGAGCUUAUGGAUGUAUACAACCUCGAAAAUCAAGUUAAAUUCCAAAAAAUGGCGUUUGAUAGAACUGUGAAGCUACAGUCCUCGCUAAAGUCCCUAAAAGACACAAUCUUGCAAGAUAAUGACUACAUUAUGAGGCUAUUCCGUGAAUUUAAGGAGAAGGAAGAUCCCAGCGACCUAUCUGAGCCUCUCAGAGAUUUCUUUGAGUGGUGCAAAAUUUAUAUUAGCGCUACCACAUACCAGGUCUUCCUCGGGAAUGACAAUUGCUAUGACUUCUAUUACCAUGUUCGACGCCUGCACAAGCUAAUGCCUUACACAGUCAUGUCAAAGAUUAUGAAGUACACCAACCCGAUGUCCAUAAUGAAGACUAUGAUGGAUCUCUUCAUGGCACGGCCUUUUGGAGGACAGUCACUCUUGCAAACUAUCUUUUCGAACAUAUUAUCUGAUGACUUAAAAGUUCAAGAGAAAAUGAUAGAAGACUUGGAGAUGUAUGUUACUAGUGAGACCAUCCACGGCUCAGAAGUUGCACGUGUGCUCCAGAAAUGUAUUUUUGAUAAUGAACAGGGUGAGUAUAUUGAUAUGGACGCCGUAUAUGAAUUUGCAAAGGCAAAAGAUCUUCCACUUGUGCUCGUCAUAUUGAUGCAAUGCCAUAAGACGAAACUGUUAUCUUCAACAGCUCUCGAGGAGGUUAAAAAUUCGUUCAAGUAUUGGAAAACGAUGAAAUCUAUGGAACUCUCUAUGGUGUCGACUAACUCUUCCAUCACGGAUUGUCCUGGAUUAUACUUUUCUCAUAUUAAGGAAUUACUCCAUAUCUACAUAAAGGAGAGGGAUAUUCGUGUCAUGAAACUCCUAUGGCAAGAAUCGGAAUUACCGGCAUUAUUAAAGUCAAUAGUAUCGCUCUUUUAUGAACCCCUUGUGAAAUUAUUUAAAGUAGCAAGAGUGGAUGUUGCUAUGGCCAAUUUUGAAAAGUUUAUGGACGAACUUAUAUCUUUACUGGACGAUGUAAUCACUGGAAAACAUGGGUUAGCUACGAGAGUAAACGUUGUGGAGAAAAUCCAUGGAUUGGUGGAUAAGCAUGAGGACAUAUUCUACAAAUUCAUACAUGAAAUAUAUGUCAAUGAUACUGAAAAUAUAUUUGAAGGACUGAUAACUUGGAUCUCCGAUGUAUCUGCUUUUCUUCAGAACAGCAAAUGGGGAGAGGUGAGCGAAAGAGUCGACUUAAUGGCCCUCCUGCACGCACAUUCAGACAUUGUAGAUGUUCCAACGCUGCGGAAGCAGCUGGCAGACAUGGUCGAUCAGAAAAGGAAAGCGCAAGAAAUCUAUAGCAAAAUCGUUAAUCUAAAGGCGGCAACGGCUGAUUCAAAGGGAGACGGCUCCUUGCAACAACGGAUAGACGAUGGAUGGAAGCAAAUGAACAACGCUGUGCUUCCUCAAGACGCAAUAAACUUCGGAAUUGACGACAGAGAUUUGGUAGAUUUAGACAUAGAUGUGGGUGAUUUCGACUACUUGCAUAACGAAGAGCAAGAAUUACAGGAUGAAUAUCGUACCAUUUUGAAUAAGCAAGUUGACACCAGCGAAAUAGAAAGAUUCAACAAGCUAGUAUUUCGAAACACGCUCAAGGAGCUCCUGAACGUAUAG